AUGACAAUUCUUUCAAAGGUAUUAGUGGCAACGGGAUUUUUAUAUGGUAUUUACCAUGUAAAUAAUUUAGUUCAAGAAUAUAAAGAUUAUUCAUUAGAACAAGGAUACACACUUGCUGAUUUUGGAUUUGAACAACCAACAGGUUUAGCUCGUCCACAAAAGAAGAAAUCAGCACGUGAAUCAAAUCAAGUACAACAAUACACUGAAGAAGUUCAAAUACUUUCACAACGUAGUAAAGUAUUUAUAGAUAAAGGUGAUUAUAAUAGUGCUCUUCCAUGUUUGGAACGUAUUGUUGAAAUCUCUCAAGAAUAUCCACCAUUUGCAAGUUAUGGUAGAAAUGCAAUCCUUUUUAUAAUUAAAUUCUCUCAAGAAGCUGGUGAUUAUGAUUUAUAUUCUAAAUAUGCAAAAGUUCUUAUUGAAUCAAUUGAUAAUCCAGAUAAAGGUGAACUUGAAAGUAUUGCUAAAAUGGUAGCUGAUUUUGCAAAUAGAUUAUUGGAAGCUGAUAAAAGUUUAAAUGCUAUUGAUAUAAUUAAGUCAUCAAUGGAAAGAUAUAGUUUUCCAGAUAAAGUUAAAGUUGAUCUUAUUUUAUCUUUAGCCUCUUUAUAUAGAAAUACUCCAAACUCAAGCAAAAAAGAAUUAAAAUCAAUCUUAAAAGCAAUAAAGAUCGCUAAAUCAUCAACUACACCAACUUUAAUUAUUAAUUCUUUAAUUACUUUAUAUGAAUAUUACUCAAAAGAAGGAAAUUUCGAAAAAAUGAGAGAAACUGUUUCAAGUGUUGAGGAACAUUUAGAUCCAAAAUAUUCAGUUUCAAUUUACAAAUAUCUUGCAGAAAGUGCAAAGAGUUACGAACAUUAUGAAGACUAUUAUUCAUUAGUUGAUAAAUUAAUUGGAGUAUUAGCAAAAUCAGAAGCUGAUCCAGUUAAUAAAGAGAAUAUUGUCAUCUCUGUUAAAUUAGAGAAAGCUGAAACUUUAAUGUCAACUGGUUCCACAGAAAAAGCAAAGGAAAUAUACGAUCAAAUUAAACAAAAUGAAUAUUUCUGUUUUGCAACCAAAUCUAAAUCAAAGUAUCUCUCUGUUGAACAUGUUACCUCUGCCAAAGGUCUUCAAUCAAUUUGUGUCGGUCAAAAAUUAAAUACUACUUUACCUUCAGCUGAUACUAUUUUAGUUGUUGAUUUUGAAAAUGUUGAAGAAAAGAAAGAAGUAGAAGAAGAAGAAAAAGUUGAACAAGUUAAAGUUGAACAAGUUAAAGUUGAACAAGUUAAAGUUGAACAAGAAGAAAAAGAAGAAGAAAAGAAAGAAGAAGAAGAAAAAGUUGAAGAGGAAAAAGAAAAAGUUGAAGAAGAAAAAGUUGAAGAAGAAAAAGUUGAAGAAGAAAAAGUUGAAGAAGAAAAAGUUGAAGAAGAAAAAGUUGAAGAAGAAGAAAAAGAAAAAGUUGAAGAAGAAAAGAAAGAAGAAGAGGAAGUUAAAGUUGAAGAAGAACCAAAACAAGAAGAAGAAAAAGAAGAAAAAGUUGAAGAACCAAAACAAGAAGAGGAAAAAGUCGAAUCAGAAGAAGUUGAAUCAGAAGACGAAGAAUCAACAAACGUUGCAAAGAUUAUUGAAAUCAGUGAAGAUGAAAAAUCAAUCAAAGUUUCUGAAUUAGUUGUUCCAACUGUUAACACUAUCACAAAACCAUUCACUGGUGAAUCUGUCACUUUCGAAAAUGAUUCAACCAAAUUAUCUUCACAUAUUGGUUAUCUUGCUAAAAUUUCACUUUACGAUAGCACUAAAACUCAAUUACUUGAUUCACUCUAUCAAUUAAUCCCACCAGAAAAACCAAAACACAGUAUCAAAUAA